CGCAGUGAUCCCUGCGCUUUUUCCACUCCAAAUCAUCCUCUGGGGAGGCUGGGACGCAACUUUUUUUUUCUUUCUUUCUUUUAUAUCCUCCUCUUUGGUAGAUUUUCUUAAAAUCAACAACAAGUUGGAAGUAAAUGUUUUAACUGUUUUUACCUCUAGAACUUUGUAGAUGGUCAUCCAUAUCGGACAAUAAGCGGUAAUGGCAGAAUCUGACACGCAGGAGACUCGCCAAGCCGCAAAGGAUUCACCGUUUUCCAUAAAGAACCUGCUCAACAUUGAAGAUAAACCCUCGAAGCCAGCACCCACCCUCGGGUCUUCCAAAGGAGUGUUUGAAGGCACAUUUUUCUCCAGGCUCAGCGACCUGUCUCUGCCUAGAUUUGAGCUGCCCGGUCAGAGGAUCGGGCUGUCAGCGCAGUAUUUGGAGAGAGCGUCUGCCUGGUGGUAUCCAUACACGUUGGGAGCGCAUUUUAGGACUGCGUCGGCAGGUUCGGAGAAAAUCAGCCAGAGGGAAGAAGACAGGCGCUCGCCGGACCUCCAAAAAAGCGACCAAGAUGCCAAAGAGGAGAGCGCCGACGACGACCUGGCGCUGGACGAGAGCGACGCCGAUGAGUCCAAGAAGGAAACCGACCAGGAGGAGGACUGGAGGAGAAAACCAGACGAGCUGGACCCCGACAAGAAGCCCUGUCGUAAGAAGAAGACGCGCACGGUGUUCUCCAGGAGCCAGGUGUUCCAGCUGGAGUCCACCUUCGACAUCAAGCGCUACCUGAGCAGCUCGGAGCGGGCCGGCUUGGCCGCGUCGCUGCACCUCACCGAGACGCAGGUGAAGAUCUGGUUCCAGAACCGGAGGAACAAGUGGAAGAGGCAGCUGGCCGCCGAGCUAGAAGCGGCAAACAUGAGCCAUGCAGCGGCUCAGAGGAUCGUGCGGGUGCCGAUACUUUACCACGAGAGCGGGGCCUCGGACGGGAGCGGCAGCCCCGGUACGAACUCGCCGGGCAGCCAGUCACUGCUGGCUUUCCCCCAUCACAUGUACUAUUCCCAUCCCACGCCGCUGCUGAGGCCAGUUUAACACUACUUGUGUUUUUAAAUGGGAGCAGUAAAAAAGAAAAAAAAUCACAUUUUGUACAUUUUGUAUAUUAUUAUUAUUAUUAUUAUUAUUAUUAUUAUUAUUAUUAUUAUUAUUAUUAUUAUUGUUAUUAUUAUUGUUAUUAUUAUAAGACCAAAAACAUUGUAAAUAAAAUCUUGCUGUUGAUUCCCAAAAAUAUGGUGCAUAUAUUUUAAUGUAUUCAAUUUUGGGGGAAACAUAAACUUGUUUUAAACGGGGGUCGUUUGUCUGUGUUUCAGAAAUUUGCGUCAGUGUUUGUAAAAAAAAAAAAAAAUGUGGAAAUUAAUAUUUUAGUAUCUUUAAACCGUGCAAUACUAUUGGUUUGUCAGCCUUUUAUUUUUGUCACAGCUCAGUUUCAAAAACGCGAAAUAUUGCUUUUUUUGUUUGUUUUGUUUCGUUAUAGUGAGGACAAUCAUGUGAUUCUUAACCUGAACGCUGUACAAAACAUUCAUUUGCUUUUUUGUUUUUUGUUUUUUUGUUGUUGUUGUUUUGUUUUUUUUUGCUGUUUUUUGUUGUUUAGUUUUUAUGACGGCUGUAUAGUUUAAAAGCUACGAAAAAGCCAAAAAUAACCUCGAUUUUUGCCUCUAUGUUUUUUUUCCUGAUAUUAAAAUUCUGUAUAGACCGAAGCUCAGUAAAGUUCAUUCAAAAGAA